UAUAUUUAUCCUUGUCAAAAUCAAUUUGGAGAGUUCAUACUUGCACAUUACUUUAUAAAUGCUCAACGGCCAUUAAUCGUGUUUAGUUUCAUAGACGAAUUUUCUAAGGUGACAUUUUUGAAAAAAAUUUGUGCGACAGUGAUUAUAUUACAACAGACGAUGGGUUCGGUACCACAACUAUCAAUUAUCAAGGGGCGUACUCGCCCAACAAAAGCAUCCCAACUACACACACUCUUUGAACAAGUAGUCAAGACAGAUUCCGGAAAAAAUACAGCAUUAAUAUACGAAGAAAAUGGACUGAUCCGAAAAUUAACGUAUGAGGAACUAGAUACCUUAACCAACAGUUUGGCCAGGGUGAUUAGUGAUAAUAUUACGCGUAAUAAAAUUCCACCAAAUCUAGAUGGAGAUUACAUUGUUGCCGUAUCCAUGACCCCCUCCGAUUAUCUUGUGGUGACGCUUUUGGCCAUUUUGAAAGCUGGAGCGGCUUAUUUACCACUCGACCCUGCAUUUCCAAAGGGGCGCGUUGAGCAUAUAUUGCGCGAAGCUAAACCGGCGAUGGUCAUAUUCGACACAGAUUGUGACUACUUUCUCAACACGUUUAAAUUGUCCUUGGAGGGUUUUUUGGAUGGUGCGAAACAGUACCCAUCACUCCCAUUAGAAGAAAACGAGAGACAGAGACACCUGAAAACAGAUCUAGCUAUUGUGUUGUACACAUCUGGCAGCACGGGAGUACCAAAGGGUGUUAGGCUUCACAACGCUAUGAUACUGAACCGGCUCCAAUGGCAAUUUAAAACCUUCCCUUAUAGCGACACCGAAAGCACAUGCGUCUUCAAAACGGCUCUAACUUUCGUGGACAGUGUGUCGGAGAUUUGGGGACCAUUAAUUAACGGAUUGAGCUUAUUAGUCAUCCCAAAACUAGUAACACAGAACCCUGAACUAUUGGUUUCUCUUUUAGAGAAGUACAAGAUAGAACGGUUAGUCCUGGUUCCGUCGCUUCUCCGGUCCCUUCUGAUGUAUUUCAACUUACACAGCGAGAAACAAUUCCUGAAGCAUUUGAAAACGUGGAUCUGCUCCGGUGAAACCUUGGUCGCAUCCUUGGUUCAACAAUUCUACCAGUAUUUCGCAAUUGACCAACACAAACUGUGCAACUUUUACGGUAGCACCGAAAUAAUGGGCGAUGUUACGUUCCACGUUAUUAACGAGCAAGUAAAUUACCAAGAGAAAAUACCGAUCGGCUUGCCUAUUGACAACACAAUCGUCUAUCUUCUAGAUUCAGACUUUCGGCCCGUAAAAGUGGGGGAGGUCGGCGAGUUGUUUGUAGCCGGAGCGAACUUAGCGGCUGGAUAUGUUAACGGGAGGGAUCCUGAUAAAUUCAUCGAGAAUCCCUUGGCAGUCGAUCCCGCUUACAUGAAAUUGUACAGAACGGGAGACUUUGCGCGGAUUGAAAAGGGCACUGUUUUGUACGAGGGUCGAACGGAUUCGCAAGUGAAAAUCCGAGGACAUCGGGUGGACCUUGCCGAAAUAGAGAAGUCGGUUAAUGCCAUUGAUGGUAUUGAGAAAGGCGUGGUUUUGUGUUACAAUCCCGGAGAAAUAAAUCAGGCUCUGCUAUCUUUUGUAACCAGCGAGGCAUCUCUGAACGAAAGGCAAAUUGAGAAGCUUCUGAAGGAAAAAUUGCCACUUUAUAUGGUGCCGCAAGUUCUUCUUCUGGACGACAUUCCACUAUUAGUCAAUGGCAAAACCGACCGUCAAGCAUUACUGAAACUUUACGAAAACUCUGACGGCAAUAAUAAUGACACAUUGAAUUUUACAGUUGAAAUUGAUUACACGGGAGUGAGCGAAGGACAACUACCCGCAGCGAAAGUUCUCUUUGAAACCGUUGCAUCUGUCUUGCAUAAAUCGGCCAGAAGUUCGAUAUCCAUCGAUGCCAAUUUUUACGAGAUUGGCGGAAAUUCCUUAAAUUCAAUUUACACAAUCACUAGUUUGAAUGAGAAGGGUUAUCAUAUUAGUAUUGGUGAUUUCAUUGCCGCGUCAGAUUUGGGGGAAAUUUUGGAUCGUAUGUCGCCAGAUAAGCAAAUCUUUCCAACGAUAAUAACGCAACCCCCGUGCUACGCAGCCGAGUUUCUUACAGACGAUCACAAAAAAGACGCCAUAGACAUGAUAACGAGCAGCUUUUACCAAAAGGCCGAUUUGGAGCAGUGGAUUAUAACUGAGAUUUCCGAAUUGGAUUACGCAAACUUAAUGGAGGCACUAUGGAGGCCAUUAGUUGACGCGGGUCUGAGUUUCGUUGUAAAAACGGAGACUGGUAAAUCCGUCGGCGUUGCUCUCAACUUUGACGCGAGAGCCGAACCGGACGUAGAGGUGCGCUCAAAACUAUCGAUCAUAUUUGAAUUUUUGGAGAGCGUGGAGGGUCCAGUUCGCGACACUCAACUACCGCCAGGAAAAGGUACAGUUCUUCAUUCGUUUAUGAUGGCCACAAAUUCGACUCUGGCUGCCAAAGAAAACGUGGCCGUCAUUCAGUUUAUGGAAAAGGAAGUAAUUCGAGUCGCGAGAAGCAACAACUUUGCAGGAAUCUUUACGACCAACACGAAUCCGUUAACGCAACAGCUAGGGACGAACGUUUAUUCGUAUAAGACAUAUUUAGAAUACCAAGUCAAUCAGUAUAUUGCUACCGAUGGUACUAAACCAUUCGGAUUGGCUCCAGAUGCCCAAAGAGUUCUGGUGCAAUGGAAAACUGUAUAAUUUUACCAUUUGCACCUAAUCAUACUCAUACCACUAUAGGUGAUAGUGGUCCCAGUGCUACAAUAAUAGUAUUUAUAUUAAAUCUACAUUUUAGUAGGUGCCCCAUGACAAAAAAUUAGAUAUAUAGGAAGCUCUAAUUUCACGUGUGUGGUUGUAUUAUUUAAUUAGAUAGCUUUUGUCUUCCAUUACUAUUUAUAGUAACACCCUGGUGCCAAUGGAUCAAACGGGAAUAAAGCGAAAACACCUCUCAUAAUAGAGGGAAAUUGAAGGCCAGGGGUAAAUACGUGAUAGUGCUAUCAUAGCUUUAAGCAAUGUAGAAAAAAAUUGUGAUAUUAUAUACAAAUUGAUUCCUUCUUGUAAUAUUUUGUGUACAACUUACUUAUACAAAUAUAUACCUAACUUUAA